AUGGAGUCACGCAAGGAUUCAGUAGAAGAAUUACUUCGGGCCAUGUGGGAGGAGUCUAUACAGAGAAUGUCUGCCCCAACUAUGGUACACAAAUCAACCAGCGCUUUGUACAAUCGUCAACUAAGCAGCGAAGAGGCCGUCGUUGAGCCCGUGAAAAGCGAGUCUAUUGUCAUACCUGAGGAGUACAUUCGAGCUGCCAUCAUCCAAGCGCAUGAACGAUAUCGACAGUAUUUCAUAAGAGACUACAAAGCCAAGUGCAUACGGAGACGAACGUAUUUUGCGGCGAACGUCGAGCCUGCCCCCGAGCCUUUGAGGAUGGCGGCCGCGAAUCUCGUCCAAAGAGUCUACAGGCGCUUUAUGCAAAUCAAAAGGCAACGAAUACAAGACCACAAGAGGGAUGUUCUGUUGGGCAUGGUUCCGGACCCGUGGCGGGAGGGUCAGUGGGAUCUCAAGGAAGAGACUAAGAAGCUGUACUCCUUGCGACGGCACAUCAACAAGAGAACGAGACAGAAGUAUAUGCAAGAGCUGGAAAGAGAGAACACGAGGCUAAUUAUGUUGAAGAAAGAUGUCCAGAUAGAUGAUAUAACUGAGCAUAUUCGAGAGUGGUUUAAAGAAUGGUUGUACGGCUACGGCUUCUUCCCCGAAUACCCUUAUGAUGCUGAAGGUGGAACCAUUAUGGUGAUUCGUGGGCAGUAUCCAACAGUGGCUGAGAAAUUCGAGGCUGACGAAAAACUGGCAGCUCUUACUAAAGGGAAGACAAAGGAAAUGUUGCAAGCGGAGAAGAAGCAAGCGAAACUCGACGCUAUCAACAAAGCAAAAGCUCAGAAAGAGACUGAGAGGAAAGUGGCAGAACAGGAACACAAGUUGAAGUGUAACCCACUGAAUGACCCUGGAUAUAAAAUGAUGGUGUCGCGUCAUAUGGAUGAUUUGCAUCAGGUCUUACAGCGCUACAACGGCUGCUGGUCUAUCUAUGACAGUUUCGAGCCUGAACUAGAUGGCGAGGUGGUGUACGGCUACAUUCGCACCAUCAUGAGUGAAGACGUGAUGAACCAACUCCACGUGGAAUGUAGGCGAUACGUGGACGAGUUCAUGAGAUUGGAAUUGAAACUGCUCGUGGAAGCGCACAAGCUGCAGUACAAGAACAUGGGCCAGAAGUACCCACCCAUAAAGCCGCGGAAAAGGCCUCCGGCGAUCCGGGUCCCCAAGCCGCUCAAGGUCGAUGCUGACUUGCUCGAUGGGUUAAAGUACCUAUUCGACCUUGGGAUCAUUUCGAAGCCAACGGCAAAGAUUGACGAUAUCCUCGGCGACUCUAAUUACGCUGCCUACGAAUACAACAUCGCGGACCCGAAUUCUUGUUUUCCGCCUCCCGGCUACGGGGACGUGCGCCAGCGACUCGUGCUGUCGUGCGUGCUCGCGAGCGGACUCGAACCCGGGACCCCGCGCAACCGCGCCGUCAUGCUACUCGGGCAGCCUCGCAACGGCAAGAGCUUUCUUGUGGACUGUGUCGCGGGAGAAAUGAAUGCGGUGAAGAUAGACAUAUCACCAGAAAUGGUGAGCGCGGUGGUGGACCGGCCCGGGAAGACGGUGGAAGACGUGUUCCUCGCAGCCAGGGUGUUCCAGCCCUGCGUCGUCUACAUGAGAGAUGUGGAGAGGGUAUUCCUCCCCCCUGCCAAGGUUCCACCAGAGCAGAGACAUUUGAGAGCGAAUGCUGUCAAGGCCGCACUAACCAAGUGUGUGAAAGGGAUAGCUGCUGAUGAUAAAAUCAUUUUUAUAGCAACCUGCACAACUCCAUUCGGCUUUCCAGCCUCUCCUAUGGUUGCCAUAUUCGAUGAGAUGAUCCUGGUGCCGCGAACAGACUAUAAUACUCUACAGCUAUUCUUCUACCACAAGCUGCAAAGUAUAAAAAGCGUGGAGCGAGACUUCUGCGUGCAGAGCCUGGCCAAGAUGCUGCAGGGCUACGGUUUCGGCGUCAUCGUGGAGGUGUUCCAUCAAGUCAUGUGUGCAGAGAGAAUCGUCAGAUUGCACGUCACUCCGCUCACACCGAUGGAGUUUAUCGACGCCUUCGACAGCUACGAAUCUCUCAGUUUAGAGGAUUACCAGCUGUACGAAGACUUCUAUAUCAACAACUCUCCUCUGAAGAAGCCGAGAGCCGACCUAAUGGACAUAAACAUAAGGAGGGCAGACGCCUAUGAGAAACUGAAAAAGAAGGCUGAGAAGGAGAAAUAA